AUGGAAGCCGUAUUCGAGCUUCUUAGUCAGCACCAGAACGAAAUUGGUAUGCGAGGGCUGUCUAUAUCCCAACUGAUGACACCUGUGAAGAAGAGCCUCAGUUGUAACAUUUUCAAGUGGUCGGGAAGGUAUUUCGCACAGACUAGAGGCUUGGCUAUGGGGCAGCGAUUGGCGCCGGUUUUGGCCAUAUCGUUUAUGGCCAAGAUUGAAGCGCCUGGAUGA